CUGCAAAUACACCAGCUGGGGAUGGGUGGGGGAUUAGUAGGGAGUUUAAAGCAGUCCAGCCUGCCACCCAGCCAAACACUGGGCUUCACGGGGGAAUGCAAGGAUCCCAGAAUGGGAAGGAACUGGAGGAAGAGGAAGAGUUGGAGGAACUGGGAGGCAUCAAUGAGACACUAGUAAGGAAACACCAGCUUCCACUUUCCGCACAGUCAGCCUUCAGCUACAUCCCACCCCGACGCAAGGACCCUCCUGAACACAGUUAUUUUCACCAGGAGAACAAGCCAGGAUUUUUUUCCCUGUAUGACUGCGUCUUCAGAAAACCGAUCGGCUAUGAUGCAAAGCUUCAUCGGUGUGACAGAGAACAUGCAAAAAGCAGAGGACUUCACAUUAAUGAUGAGGAAAAAAAAAGGCCUGUACCUGUCUUGUCCUCUUCUGAAUAUGGGCGGCGCAUAAACAAACCUGUGGAAGAGCUAAUCCGAGACCAUGUUCGCAUUAAUCAUGUACGGGCAGAAUUCUACAGAAAAAAUGGAAUAGCUUGCUUGGUGGAAAAAUGUGCCAGCACCAUUAAUCCAGCUUAAGGAUCUACUGUGAUAGACACCUAAGAGCAACAUGGUCUCAAAUUCCUGUAGUGUCCUGCUUGGAUUUAAAGCCAGUUCAAAUGUAACAUUAUACUAUCUUUAUGUAUUUAUUGCUGGGGUUUUAGCUAAAAUAG